AUGAGUGUCGAAGUCCAAUCCGCCACAGAUCCAGGUCUGACACUGUCCAAGGAUCGUUGUGAGCCCGGCUCGGUCAAUAUCCCACUCGCCAAAUGGCCCAAGACAGCCGAGUCAACCUCCAGCGACCCUGUCGCCAUUGCCACGAAGGUCGUCAACUCAUUCAACUCAUCACUGGAAAAUGGAGAUACCAAAGCAAUUGCCGAUUUGUUCCUUGAAGAUGGGUAUUGGCGAGACCAUCUGGGUGUCUCAUGGGACUUACGGACCCUCAAGGGACGAGACAAAAUCGCGAGCUUCCUCGCCGAUGGAUGUCCCCUCAUCAAGCUCGAUAUUGACCAGAGCACAGCUUAUCGGUCUCCGCAGUUUGGAGCCUUCGAUGGUGCUGGCGAUGUCAAGGGCAUUCAAUUCUUCUUCAACUUCACUUCCAAAGCCGGCUGGGGUCAGGGUCUUGCACGACUGGCUGAGAGAGAUGGACAAUGGAAGAUUUUCACGUUCUUCACUACGUUACGGCAUAUCGAAGGACAUGAAGAAGCCAUUCACCAUCAAAGAGCAAAAGGAGUGGAGCAUGGCGGGAAGCCCGAUCGGAAAAAUUGGCAGGAAAGGAGAAAUGCCGACAUCAAUUUCGAAAACAGGGAACCAGUCGUCAUGAUUUUGGGUGCUGGGCAGGCCGGAUUGACGGCGGCUGCCCGUCUCAAAAUGUUGAGUGUGGACACGCUGAUCGUCGACAGCGAAGAAGCCAUCGGCGACAACUGGCGACGAAGAUAUCACCAGCUAGUCCUCCAUGACCCUGUCUGGUACGAUCAUAUGCCAUACAUCAAUUUUCCGGCGAAUUGGCCAGUCUUCACUCCCAAGGACAAGUUGGCUGAGUUCUUUGAGUCGUAUGCCCGACUCAUGGAACUCAAUGUCUGGGUCAAGACCACCUUGGAAUCCAGCUCAUGGGACGAGAGGAAGAAGCAAUGGACCGUCACCCUGAAACAGACAAAGCCCGACGGAACUGUUGAGACUCGAACACUGCACCCCAAACAUAUCAUUCAAGCUACCGGCCAUUCUGGCAAAAAGAAUUUCCCGUCCGACAUGAAGGGACUGUCGAAUUUCAAGGGUGAUCGACUCUGCCAUUCUUCCGAAUUCGGCGGCGCCAAACUUGAAAGCAAGGGGAAGAAAGCGGUCGUGGUGGGAUCAUGCAAUUCCGGCCAUGAUAUUGCCCAAGACUUCUACGAGAAAGGAUAUGAUGUGACAAUGGUCCAGAGGUCCACCACGUGUGUCAUCUCCAGUGAAGCCAUCACCGAGGUCGGAUUGGCAGGUUUGUACGACGAAAACGGGCCGCCGGUGGAUGAUGCCGAUAUGUGGCUCCACAGCUUACCGAGUGAGGUGCUGAAAUCUUUGCAAGUCAAGAUAACAGAGCUUCAGGCGCAGUAUGACAAGAAGAUAUUGGAUGGUCUCGAGAAGGCUGGAUUCGGACUCGAUCGAGGACCAGAAAACUCGGGCUUGUUCAUGAAAUACUUCCAGCGGGGCGGAGGGUACUAUAUCGACGUCGGCGGCUCUCAAUUGAUCAUCGACGGCAAGAUCAAGAUCAAGCAGGGACAGGAGAUCGAAGAAGUCCUUCCUCAUGGACUUCGCUUUGCCGACGGAACCGAAUUGGAAGCAGACGAGAUCAUCUUCGCCACUGGGUAUCAGAACAUGAGGACUCAAGCCAGAGAGAUCUUCGGCGACGAGCUGGCUGACCGAGUCGGAGAUAUUUGGGGCUAUGAUUCGGAAGGGGAGAUGAGAACGAUUUGGCGAAAGACUGGUCAUCCUGGCUUCUGGUUUAUGGGAGGAAAUCUUGCUCUUUGUCGGUAUUACUCGAGAAUUCUGGCUCUUCAGAUCAAAGGCCUGGAGGAAGGGAUUUAUCAGUAUUAG